UUCAGACCUCACGACCUCGCCGGCGACGUUGAAGAGCAAGAAGCCGACGAAGAUGCUGUUCGAGACGAAGGUGUGGCUGGUCCUCAGCGUGGCGGUGGUCCUCGCCGUUCGGAUUUCGUUGACCAAUCGGAGACUCCAAGCGGACAUGAAGUCCUCUCUCUCUUCCUCCGGCGUCGAACCACUCGUCGCUUUCGUCUCUCUGGCUUCCGGAGACGGCGGCCUCGACGACUUCUUCUCGGAGACGGCGACGACUGACGUGACGGCGCAGAAUCUGGAGUACGAUUUCUACCGGGACACGUGUCCUCGCGCCGAGAAGAUCGUGAGGACGAAGAUGGCUUGGAUUUACGGGCAGCACAGGGACGUCUCCGCUCAGUUGCUUCGUCUCUUCUUCCAUGACUGCUUCAUUGAGGGGUGUGAUGCUUCCGUUCUCUUGGAUGACAGCAAUGGGAAUCAAAACCAUGCCAUUGAGAAGCAGGCUAUACCCAAUAGGUCUUUGAAGGGCUUUGAUAAAAUUGAUGAGAUCAAGGAGAGGCUUGAAAAUGAAUGUCCGGGCGUGGUAUCUUGUGCCGACGUACUUGCUCUUGCCACUAGAGAUGCCAUUGUUCUGGCUGGUGGCCCAUUCUAUCCCAUUUUGACUGGAAGAAGAGACAGUACCAGCUCAUUCUUUAAUGAGGCAAUGACAGGGAUUCCAAGGCCAGAUGACAACAUCAAUCAGACACUGCAUCAGUUCUCCCUGAGAGGUUUUGACGAGAGAGAAACAGUUGCUCUUCUAGGAGGGCACAACAUUGGAAAGAUAGGGUGUGAGUUCAUUAUGUCACGCAUCAACAACUUCAAAGGCACAGGGCAGCCAGACCCGACUAUACCUCCUGAAUUUGUCACAGAGAUGAGACUGAACUGCGAUGAUGAUUCGAACCAGGCAACUAGUAAUGCUGCUGCUGCUGCAUCUCCUUUUGUAUCAAGAGGACUGCGUGAGAAGUUUACCUCGCAGGGGAUGUCAUACUAUCAACAAUUGUCUUCAUCAUUUUCAACAGGUGCUGGUUUUGACAGUCACUAUUAUCAGAGCUUGUUGAGGGGAAGAGGACUCCUCUUUGCUGAUCAGCAAUUAAUGGCUAAUAAAAGGACUGCUCGGGUGGUCACAGCAUAUGCUUCAGAUGGUGGAUCAGCCUUUCGAAUGGACUUUGCCCGGGCAAUGAUGAAGAUGUCAGUUCUUAAUGUUCUCACUGGAUCCCAAGGUGAAGUCCGUUUUGACUGUUCUCUCCCGACCCCUAGUUCAUAA